AUGGGGUCCGUUCCGAGCCGUGAGUUUCACGAGAGUCCUGAUGCGCUUUUUUUUACCCGCUGUGGCACGACGCUGAAACUUGCCCGCCUGCCGCUUACGCCACAUUUUUUUCCAUCCGAGAAUUGUUUGGCAUUCCAGCAGUUGGACAAUUGUUGCAGGUCGCAGUCCAUGAAGUACGGCUUUACGCUUUGUGGCGGUCCAUCACAUAAGCGGCACGGGUGUGUGGGAGAGAGGAGGAGGCGGUGUGUGUGUUACGCAAGGGAGAAUGACGACUGGGAUGAUAUCUGUGAAGAGGAACUGGAGUUGGAUCCCUCCGUGCCAUGCCAACAAGACAUGAUGGAAUUGGUGCCACCCACGGACGAAAUGGCAAACACCUUCGUCUUGCACGCCAAGGAGGAUGAUAUCAAAAACGCCUCCAUGACAAAAGAGUCAUGCAGCAGUGGUACAAACCACAUGGCGACGGAGGAAUUGUACCGCCUGUUGGUGACACAAGGGACCGUUCCCGCAAUUGUGGAAACAAACGCGGAAAUGAAGGAAUUGUACGAAAAGGAGAUUGCAUGGCGUCAUGCCAGGAGAAUGAUUUGUCGGUACCGUCAACGUUUACGCAAUGGCGCAGAGGCGAGGAGCGAAACGAAUGAGGAGACUGCCGUUCGUCUGGCAGAGAUGAUUUCACCACCGCGUCGUUUUUUAAGAGCACUUCCAACGGCGGUGGUGGCUGUCGUGGACAGUGAAGAUGCAAUGAGGAGGGCGCCGCCGAAGUCUGUCAUUCCUCCUGAUGGUGCUUUACAUUUAAUGGAAAAUGAUGGCAUGCUGUUUCUUGCGUCUCGGAAGAAUGAAAAUUACAUUGUGCCGCCUACACCUGUUCGUGUCGUGGGGUGCAACUCGCUUCUUCCUGCCAUGUGCCGCGGCACGCCAUGGUUGCGUGGAUAUGCAACAACACCGCUGGAAGAAGAAGAAGAUGCAUAUAUUGAGAGCCUUCCUCCAUCCCAGCGUCCGCCCGUACUUUGCGCCUGUCAAUUUUUUGAGGCUGCCAUAUCUGAAAAGGUAUUCGGUCGUGCAUUAAUUGAAGGACUUGGGUAUUACGCGCUGCACUCGAGAAUGGCGGGGAUGGAUGAUCUUGUCGCACGGCCCGUGUGGCACUUGGGGCUUGCGUCUCGCGUCCCACUACUUCACUUCAUGGCGGAAAUAAGACAACUCGUGUCGAUGGCGGCGUAUCCAACAGGUAUGACGUUAAGCAUCCGAGGAAAUUGUUUGCUUUUCCGACUUCAGGAAGCGGCUCUUCGGGCAAUGUGCCAGUUAUUGUGUCCAUGUACCGACAGCUUUGCUCCACAGUCUUCCUGUCAGCAUGUGUGGAGGCAGAAUGUACCGCGAUCCGCCCUGUACGAGUACGGCGGACGCAUUGGUGUUUCUCGGACAAAUGGCACAUUGUGUGCUUCAAAACAUGUUUACGAUGCGGUUCGGAAGCAUGCGCGGGGAGAGGGAGAAAACACAGUGGACAUUUCGAGGUUGUUGGUAUUCACUGUCGUGAAUCCCUGGCAAACGUUAACGUCUCUUUCAGAUUUUGGGAAAAGAUAUGACGUCAUUGAAAAAGAAGACACAUCGUCCAAUGUUUUUAAUGACGGCGAUCUUCUCGUGUAUGACAAUGUACGCCGUCAAUGGACCCGUCUGCUGCAGCCGGACGUGACUUUGGAGACACUGUUGCUUUGUUGGGUGAAGAGACUCCUUGUGGCAGCUACGUUUCGUCACGAUGACACAGGAUGGCUCCGGGAUACUGAGGGUCGUAUUGUUCAGGUGGGACGUUUUCACAUCUGGAGCGAAGUGCAUGAUGGUCUGCCUUACUUUUUUGGUGCCAUUCCCAAGUUUGCUAAAGAGCGCCGCAGGAGGAUGCUGCGAAAAACCCGUGAGAAGUUUCUACAGGAAGAAGAAGGAGCCAAACGCCUUCAUGAGGGAAAGAGGAAUGAGAAGGACUAUGUGAUGCCAGCGCAGGAUCCGGCAGGACGCCAUUUUGAAUGUACCCUCUCAACACAUUUUAAGAGGCACGGUGAUGCCGCAAAUUACUUUUGUAAUGGUUCAUUUACAUGGAACCCAUACGGUAGACGCAGGUAG